AUGGUGCUGAUAUCGGCUAGACGACCUGUGUUAGUUUCAAGUCAGUUGAUUGAUGCCCAGGAAAAUGGUCAUUCUCUCCAGGUAAUGCGCUGGGGUUUGAUUCCAGCAUUUGUCCCUGGUGAUGAAAGUUUUAAAUUUCGUACCUUCAAUGCUCGUAUCGAAUCACUUCUGGAGAAGCAAACGUACAAACUUUCAAUGAAAGCAUGUAAACGAUGUGUAGUUGUUGCUCAAGGAUUUUAUGAGUGGAAAACGAUAAGAGCCGAAAAACAACCAUUUUAUUUCCGCCCUUCAGACCCAGAAAAGCUACUUAUGAUGGCAGGCUUAUUUGCUUAUAAUCAUGAGAAGCAAAUGUAUUCAUACACAAUAAUAACUACAAGUUCAAAAGGUAUUGUUGCGGAUGUGCACACAAGAAUGCCUGUUAUUUUAGAGAAUGACGAUGACAUAUGUGAAUGGUUGGACACGACUGAAUGUAAUCCUAAACAGGUAUAUGACUUUCUGGUUAACAUCGCAAACAACCUGGGAAAUGUAUCAGUCGUUAAAUAUCCAGUCACACCUCAAGUGAAUAAUUCAACAUACAAUCGACCCGAUUGCAUUGAACCCAUCAAACAAAAAGAAUACAAACCAACUGCAAAAAAACGCGGCUGUUCAAGCAUAACGGAUUUUUUUAAGCAAUCAGAUGAUAACGAUGAGUCCAAAGCUCAAAAGAAAAACAAACGAGAUCCAGAUUCGAAAACAACCAAUAAAAUAAAGAAAGAGGAGUCUAGUCAGUAA